AUGAAAAUGCUGAACAAUUCAACCAGUUCAUCGUCGAGCUCGGAAAUGGGAGCCACUUCCGAACUGUAUUUAACAAAUCUGCGGAUUCGUAAUGGCUCAACACGAUUGCUCCAUUUGGAUUUUGUAGGUGAUAUUGGUAUGCUACGGAAACAAACUUAUGCUGAUUUAUCGACAAGGAAUAUACCCACUUUCGGUGAUGAAAUUCGGAAGAAAAACGAAAUACCGACAACGAAGCAAUAUUUCACCCAGCCAACUUUCCCACACUUCAAACUCCACGUGCAAGAAAUACGCAGAGAAUACGAAAAAAAAUGUACUUCCGGUCUACGAAAGCUUAAAUUGACUGUCGCAAAUGAUGGCGCAGUGAACGACUUCUGGUUUAUCAAAGAUAUUAAAAAUGACAUGAAGGAAUCAGAAAAGAAGCUUGAUGGGAACAUGGCGAAGACGCUGGAUAUCACUCUUCCAAAUAGUACUGACAGUGAAUUAUUCUGGGAGACUAACAUUCCCGAAAUUGAUGAAAACGAAGAAAAUACAAUGCUCGACGUUGAUGACCGUAUUUAUGACAACGAAAUGGGAAACAGGCGAGGAACAAAGGAAGAGAAGGACGUUUUCCAGCUUCCACAACAGGUUAAUACAGAAAAGAAUAUCGCCACAAGUGCAGCUGUUGAUCAUAGCGAAAUGACCUCACCACUGAGUGCCACAUUAAGAUCAAACUUUACGUUAAUUGAAAUGAAAAAUGGACAUAAUGCGUCGGAUGAUGAGUCACUAUGUCCCCCGAUUUCUUCAAAUGACUAAAACUACUGAUUACCUCAGCACCUCACGAUUUAUUGGAAAGCAUGUACAAGUAUGGAAUAAAACUUUAAACAAUGAAACAUGAAAAAUGCAUUCCCAAUAUAUCCAAGCUGGCCAAUCGUGCUGUGGGA